CCAUCUCCUCCUCCUCCUCCUCGUCCUCCCCUGAAAUGACCUUGGGGAAAUCUGAUUAACACGUGUGUCUGUGUGCGCGCGCGUCAGUGCAUUAGACGAUUAUUUUACGAUUUUAGGUGUGAUGUGAUGAGAGGUGAUCUAAGACGAGUUUACUAACACAGUGAUAAUAAUAAUAAUAAUAUAGUUAUCCAGUCGUGUAUAACAUGCUGCUCCAGGUUACAGAUAGGAUGUUAAUAAUUUAUCAAGUAAUGGAAUUAUACUUCUCAUAAAACAAAUCUGUUAUGAUAUUACAGGCAGAAUGGAGUGUAUGCCUGUUCUUCAUAAUAAGAACUUUGGAGAUAGCAUUGUCUACUAGGAUUACCCACUGUAUCAUUAUUAAUUAAUUAAUUAAUUAAUUAUUGUUUCAAAACUUCAUACCCACCUUUUUUUUAAUGGACUGUUGUGUUCAAUGAAAAGUUAUUCAAGUGUAUUAUUAUUAUUAUUAUUAUUCUUAUUACUAUCCAGAAUUACCUCAUCUCAGUCUUUCACUAGUUCUUCAUCAUUAUCGUUAUUGUCUUCCACAUCGUAUAGUCCAUUCACCUAUUCUCUAUACAUCUGGUUGUAUAUAUUCAGUGAAUUCCUUUUCAAGCAUAAUGUUGAAGCUGUACAAGGCUGUAGUAUAUUCUAUCAAUCAGAUUAUAAAUGGAAAAAAGCAUUAUGUGAUUCAGAAGUCAAUAAAUUAACACAAUUACCAACAAAUUUACCAGAUCAUUUAAUUGAAUUACGUGUUUUACACCAAGCGAUUGGAAAAAUUAAACGAGCCGCUGUGAAUCAUUUAAUUCACCUUGAAACAUUUCAUAUUGAAUCUAGUCAAGUAAAACAAAUUGAAUCGGAUACAUUUCGUCAAUUAAUUUCAUUGAAAUAUAUUAAUUUAAGAAAUAAUUCAUUAACUAUAAGUAGAAUGAGUUUUCCAGUGGAAUUACUCAAUGAUCUACCGAAUCUACGUUCAUUGAAUUUAGCUGAAAAUCCUAUUGACUUUAUACCGGAUGCAUUUUUUGAUAGUUUAAGUGGGAAUAAACUACAAUACUUAUGGUUCGGAUCUGUUAAGUCGACAGGUAUAAAAUUUGAAUCGAAUACACUAAAACCACUGACGUAUUUACGUUUGUUAGAUUUAAGUUUCACUGGAUUAAACAGUCUAGAUGCAUCGAAUGAAUUAGUUUUGAAUAAUAUGCCUGAAUUGAAAGAAUUCUAUCUUGGCGGGAAUCCUUGGACUUGUGAUUGUAAAUUAAGCUGGUUGAAAUUAUGGUUUCUACAAGAAUCGUCUAAAGGAGGAUUACGUUAUCAGUUGAAUAAAACGGAUCUUAAUGGAAAUAUUGAAGUCAGUGAACCAGUAUGCUUUAAACCGGAUAGUUUGAAAGGCAAAUAUUUAUUCUCUGAUGGUAGCAAUAAUAGAAAUAAUAAUAAUAAAUACAAUGCUGUACAGUUCUCGGAUUUACGCUGUCCACCACAAAUUUUUACAUCGAAUGAAAACUUCACACUAGAUUUUGGUAAAACACUCCUUUUACGCUGUGAAUAUCAUUCACCAGGUAUUGAUAAUCUCCAGUGGUAUAAAGAUGAUCAACUUGUACAGAAUACCUCUGAGAAAAUGAUUAUUCAAGGUCAAGCGGGAUCAAAUUUCUAUUCAAAUCUAAUCGUCGCCUCUACUACAGGUGAACAUACAGGCCUAUGGAGUUGUGUAUUGAACCCAGAACAGCAGACAAUAUUUUCAGUGGCAAUUUUAAAUUCUGACGGGAGAAUCCUUUAUCCAAGUGAUGAAAAAUCAUUUAUGCACGGAGCAUUCUUGUUAUUCGGAAUUAGCGGAGACACAAAGAAUUGGAUUUAUGUUAGUAUUGCUGUGAUUAUCCUAUUCGUAAUGUUAGCAAUAAUUGGAGUGGGCAUAUUUUGUUGUUGUGAACCACAGACAAGGACAUCAGAUUUAUCUGCGGAAUCACAAACGCUGCAAGAAACACACGACAAAAAGAAGAAAAAGUGUUCUGGUACAUCGUAUUCUCUUUGCAAGUGUCGACUUCGAUGUUUCAAGAGACGGAAUAACACGAGUAGAAAAUCUGAAGACAAUAAAGACGAUUCAUUGAGUAGUUUAAUGGUAGCCGGUAGUCAAGAGGAUGAACGGAAGAUAAUCGAUAAGGGGGAAGUACAAUUAGCCAAUAAUAUGAAAAGUACUUCAACCUGUUCAAAGACACUUAUCUCCACGGCUAUUGUAGAUUCUAAUAAUAAUGAUGUUAGUAAUAAUCUACAAAAGAGAAAUGUUGAAGAUAACCGCCUGCUGAAUAUUUUCUGUUGUCCUACAAAUACAACACGUGAAGUUCAAGUGGUCACUUUGCCGACAAUCGAAUCAUCUUGUCCAACAUCACUAACUGGUGUAACACACUUAGGUGGAUCUUUAAUACACGAAACAGUAGCUACUGGUGGAAAUCGGCUACUAGUAUCCUGUGAUAGUCCUGAACCGAAAUUAUUGAUUGCCAAUGGAAUUACACCAUGUUCAAAUAUUUCGCCUGUAAACUUCUCAGCUUGUUUACAACCACAACAGGUCAGUGUUUUACAGCAUCAAUCAAAUCCAACAGUCUGGGAUAGUAAUCAGAAUCCAAUAAUGCCUGAAUUAUUGACCCCGUAUACUUCGUCUAAUCAGAUAGCAGCUACGGAAACAUCGAAACCAUGUCCUGUACAUGGACUUAUGAAGCUGAAACAUGUUGAACUGAUUAGUAAUACAACCAACACCAUGCCUACUACUAAUAGCAGUACUACUCCUUCGAGUAAUUGUGAUACUAGCAGACACUCUUCAAAUUACCAGAAAAUUGAUUCUGUCUAUUGGGAUCACUCUAAUCUGGCCUCAUUUCUAAACAAUACUCAUUUAGCCUACAAUAUAUCAAAUUGUGUACUGUUAAAUACAAAUGUGGAUAACAAGGUUAGUAAUAAUGUUAAUAACAGUACUAAUUCAAAUCUGGGUGAAACUGUAGAGGUGAUUCAAAAUUAUGCUAAAACAUUACCAAAGAAUGGAAGCCUACUACAGAAUAUUAGUAUGCAUGAUCCCAAUUUACAAUGGCCUUCAGAUUCCCUACCACAUGAAUCUUGUCCACUGCAUGGGCUUCAGACAUUGACACGAAGGAAAAGUAAGGCUGGUGGUUACCCAGUUGAUGUGACAUCGAUUGCCAGUAAUACCUUAAAAACACAUCAUUUCAGUAAACCUCUUAUUAAUAGUCAGUCGAACCAUCAACUCCACCAUCCUCAUGGUAAAGAGGAUGGUGUGCACAGUCGAAAAGUGACAGUCUACUCUUCUAAUGAUAAUACAAGUGAACAAGAUGAUGAAACUGACCAACAGUCGAAUAGUGAUCAUGACACAGGUGGUCGUCGUUUUUUACUUCCUCCUCUUCCCGGUGGUAAUAAACACAAUAAAGGCGGGUGUUCAUCCUCUGAAACUGGAUCUCAAGGUGAAAGUUCAGUAUGUGAAAAAUGUCCGCACAGUGAUUGUGCUGACUCUGAUUCGUCUACCUCAUCAUCAACAGCAUCUUCAGUGAAUCAAAAAUUCAAACUUGCCUAUCCAUCAAAUCAAACCAGACUGAAUUCAGUUUGUUCUUCAUUAUCUAAUCAAUUGAAUUUAUCAACAGCAGUGGUUAGCGGUACUGUAGGCGAUGAAACUCCAGAACAACAAUCACCUCCUUCACCUGAAUUUUAUCCGCCUACAAGACGGCUAAGUCGUCCAAGUAGUUCAAAUGGUCGUCCUAUAAAUUAUCAUGGAAAUCGUAACAGUAGCGUUAUAAACAAAUUAAACGAAAAUGCAAACUGUCCUGUACAUUCCUUAAGAUUGAAUCGUAAAUCGAUAUCAGGUAAAAUAUUUUAUGACAGUCGUCAAAAUUAUGAUCCUCAUCAUCAUCAUCAUCAUCAACAUAAAAAUAAUCUGAACACUCUUCGAGGAGUAACUACACUGCCGUCAAGAUUUCGAAAAGUCAACAGUGCUAAUACAUCUAUCAUUGAUGGUAGUAAUACCAGUGAUAGUAUAGCUUUUAUGCGGAAAUUUGCUAGUCAACACACAGUAAAAUCAAACUGCUCCUCAUCUUUAUGCUUAUCUGCUCAAAGUUUGGAUAAAUACAGCCGACAAUCAAAGCCUAUUCUUCGACCCGGUUCUAAGCAUAAACUUGACACUGAAAGUGAUUCAGACACUAAUAAUAAUAAUACUUCCGAAGAGAAUAAUAACUUUGUAUUAUGAGUGAAUUUAUCAACUAGCAAUAUGUAUAUAUAUAUAAAUCUGUUGUAAGUAUUAUUUAUAUCCAUCUCAAGUAAUUUGAAUUCAUCUCAACUUUCUAGGUGUACAUGUUUUUCAUUUUUUAACUUUCAAAUUCAAAUUUCGCGCAAUCAAUGUGAUAUGACAUUAAAACAAGGAUAUUGAUUUUUUUUCGCUCUAUCUCUCUCGAAUGAUUUAUUGACUAACCGUCAAUAAGAAUAACAACUAAUGAAUAUUAUCACCAGUAUAGAAAAAAAAUAUUUACAAAGAAACGAACACACAACGAGUGGAAUAAAACCGAUAUUUUUUCGCCUCUUCAUUUGAAUAAAUCCGAACGCGAAAAAUUUGAAAAUGUGUAAUAUACUUCUCUUCAAAGAUAUAAUGAUUAAUUUAAACACACGCAUACACACCCUUAUGAAUUAAUUAUAUGCGUUAAUGUUGAAAUGAAUAAAUAAACUAAUAAUAAUGUAAAUAGGGUAAAUUUUUAAUGAAUUAUAAAAGAAAAUACUAUUUUGGAAAUGACUUUUUAGUAUUUUUUUUGGUUAUGUUGAAACUUAUAAUUUAAGAAUUUCCAAGCGUUGGUUUGUAAGGAUUUGAUUAGCUUCAAGACUAAUAGUAAU